AUGCUCCAGCAUAAGAAUGACCAUCUGCUCCGGACGGCCCUCCACUCAGAUGGUAAUACGAACAUGAAAGCCUGUGGCCACGACAAGCUAGAUAUCGAGAUAGGUGGCCCAUCUUCCUGCCUGGCCUUUCCCUUCCCUUUCGCCGACUACCGUCUGCAGCAACCUAGCCAGAGCCGUCGUAGCGUAUCAUGUGAACGGACCUUGCCGGAAAACAAUAUUCAUCUCCGUCAACAGCAUCACCACCACCACACUGCUCGUCGAAACUCUCCAAAAGCAAGGUCACGCUACACAUUCAUACACAGUGCCGACAAGCCGGCGUCCAACCCUUUCCCGCUGCCGCCUAAACGCAUCCGGAGAAGCAUAUCAUCGGACAGCCUACGCCACGAUCUGGGCGUGCACUUUUCGACUUCUUCCUCGACCAUGCAAUUUCUACCCAAACAGAACAGACAGCUCCAGCUGCCGUCUUUCGAGGAGCUGGGGAUAGCUACGCCUUCGCCAAACAACAUGUCCAGAGCACAGGAACGGCCGUCGUCCUCUCCAUCUGGCUCUGGAUCGGUUUCCCAUGUCGAUGGAUCCGUGGCAGCAUCACCGUCCAAGACCUCGACCCCAUUCGCCGAGUCGCCAAACUCGAGAAUGGACGUCUCAUAUCCCUCUCCGCUACCUAUCACGCCGCCGGAAUCCGAUGACCAUGUACAAUGGAACCCUAGUGCCAGCCAUGCUGGCUCCCUGAGUGAUACAGUCUCCACCGAUGCCGAAUCGUCCGGCGCUGCGGAAGCGUGUAUGAAGGAACGCUCGGAGGAUACAUGUACGCCCAAACAAUCGCAGCAGGGUACGGGCCAAAACGCCGAAAACGGCGAUGAUUCUCGCUCUUUGCCAAUAUCAAGUAGGCCCCUGCAGGAUGAGAAUGAUAGACACUCGUUCCUGCAAAAUGGUAUCUUAACUGCUGUAUCGUCACUCACAAUAUCCACUGACCUUGCUAAUGUCGUCCAACUCGUCUCUCAAACCCUACCCUGUCCACCCUCCAAUAGUCUGCCCAACUCCGACUCUCUCUCGCCGUCUUGCGUUUUCAGCCCCAUCGUUCAGACGAUCCAAUCCCGUCUCCAGCCAGAUCAAUCGCCCUACAUCAACAUCACACAUGCCGUGCCCCCUAAGUUCUCACUCUCCAGCCUACCUACCUCUCCGCCGAGCACACCCAAUCGCCUCUUCCCCGGUGACGACUACUUUAAUAUGACAGUCUUCUCCAACGCAACCGCUACACCACACUAUCCCUUCUCCAGCACAUCAUCGUCUCUCGGUGCUCCGUCACAAGCACCAUACGUCCCCACGCCGAUUGUCCCACCUUACAGCGUCAACAUCGCAGCUGUCGAACGCUAUCUUCCACCAACCUCGACAACCGAAUAUCAAAACCUCUUCACCACGCAUGGGCCAUCAGUUCUCCUGGAUCGCCUUCGGGAACUUUCCCCACGCAACGGGACUCUACUCCUGGUGUACCCCACUCUCCGCGGCGCCCAAUGUUUCAAGCAGCACUACUUGAAUCCUAUCCUAGAUCCCCUACUGCGCCAACUGGUCGUUCUCAACUGCUUGCCUUCAGAUAUCGGUACGGCCCUUAGCUCGACGCCCGCUCUUAAACACAUGGAUCCCUUUGAGACAAUGCACUCCAAGGUCACCGAGCUCUGUUCCACCCUGACUGCCCGCGACCGCACAUCCUUCACUCUCUCUUACGCCUCCGCGGGUUGCAUUCCCCUCUCUCGCCCCCUCUGGACAGAAUGGUACAUUUCACAAGAAACGCCGCGUGCACGGGAGAUAUUAGAUGAUUAUUGGCGCAAUGAUCACCGCACGCGUGGACACAGCGCAAGCAAAGGAAUGGGCAUCGAUCGGGAAGUGACUAGUGCCAUGGUACUCAGGGAGGUAGUAGAUGGCAUCCGGAAGAGGGCAUUGACUGAGCCAAUGGAUGAUGCUGAGCGAGAAGGCGUCGAGGUCGGCGUCUUCGUUAUCCGACGAUCACAGACGUCACAGUGA